AUGUCGACUCCUGUGCCGCAACAAGCGAGCGCCUCACCGAUGCCUGAGGGUGUCACCGACCCCAAUUACCAGCCGUUGCCUGGGCGCCUGGGGAACCUGACGAUGAUACAGCUCCACACGCUAGAGAAGCUCAAGAAGGAACUGAAGGAGGAGGGGCACUUUGACGAGAAGAGGAUGGAUGACGCGAUGCUCCUCAGAUUCCUUCGAGCACGGAAGUUUGAUCUCGUCAAAACGAAGGAGAUGCUGCUCAAUGCCGAGAAGUGGAGGAAAGACUUUGGGGUAGACGAUAUCGUUGCCAACUUCGAUUUCAAGGAGAAGGCGGAGGUCGACAAGUACUACCCCCAAUAUUACCACAAAACGGACAAGGAUGGGCGCCCAGUCUACGUCGAGCGCCUGGGCAAGCUUGACAUUAAGGCCCUCUACGCCGCCACAACGCAAGAGCGCCAACUCCAGAGGCUCGUCCUCGAAUACGAGAAGUUCCUCAACGACCGGUUGCCUGCGUGCUCCAAGCAAGUGGGACACCCAGUCGAAACGUCAUGCACGAUCCUCGACCUCGGUGGCGUUUCCCUCUCCAACUUCUACCGCGUCAAGGACUACGUCUUCCAAGCGUCAUCAGUCGGCCAGGACAGGUACCCCGAAACGAUGGGCAAGUUCUAUAUCAUCAAUGCACCAUGGGCCUUCUCCGCCGUCUGGCAGGUCAUCAAGCCUUGGUUGGAUGAGGUCACGGUGAAGAAGAUCGAUAUCCUUGGCGGCAGCUAUAAGGAUGCGCUGUUGAAGCAAAUCCCCGUCGAGAACCUGCCUGCAGAGUUUGGUGGCGCAUGCAACUGCCCUGGAGGCUGCUCGAUGAGCGAUGCGGGUCCCUGGAAUCCCAAAUCGGGGGCUCAAGCGUGA